CUCAAAACUACGCCGUCCUAAUCAUUGUAGUCCGUUCCCCAUCCCCUUCCCCGUAUCAACCGGGUCGAACUCCAUCCCCCCAUAACCCAUUUCCGCAAAAAGCUGUCAAAAAAUUUAAGCCCCAAUAAGAAAGCGCCACGUUACGGGAUAGGCUCCGACCACGUACCACGUGGCCGAACCUUUUUGUAUCGGUAAAUCACCGACUUGUCACUGGGAAGAAACUGUUUUUAUGCGUUGAAAAGCCGUUAACCCCGCCAAACCAGCAUGACAAGUCACAGAAGAGACUCACACCCGAGAAAUCAUCAGACAUCAAAAUACGCAAAGCCGGAAAAUAAAUAAAUACUAGUAUAUCAUUAAUUAUUAGAAUUUUUUUUUAAAAAAAAAGACUUAUUAAAAAAUACAGAAGAAUUUUCGGCGGGUAUGGUUACCGGUGGUGAUAUUGGUGGCAGAUGACAGGUCCACUUCAUGCUUCUACAUUCCAACCUCUCUACAACCCCACCUAUUCUAUUCAUCCCAUAUCUAUCUAUUUAACAAAUUUCUCUGGUUUUUUUUUUUUAUGUCUUAUCUUCAUUUUGUUUUCUGGAUUUUCCCCUUCAUUUAUUCACCACCAUUUUUGUUUAGUUCUUUUGGGUUCCAAUAAAGAACAAGAUAAAGACAAAUUAGGGGGUUGAAUUUUUAUUUUAGGAGCGAUUAAUUUAAACUUAAUUCUGUUCCCCUGUUCCUUCCUUUCUUCACCCACCCUCUCCAUUGAUCUCUUUCUCAUCAACUUAUAUAUAUAUAUAUACAUUUAUCACAUUCAUAUUUAAGAAAGCCCCUCAAAAGCAGGCAUCAUCAUUUUGAUCAUGCUUUGGAAUUAUAUCAAUCCCUUUUGUACAUUCUUCACAUUGCUGCCGGAAUUUUUGUCGACGGGAAGUAAAGGUUAGGCCUUUUUGGUUUGUUGGUGGUUCUCAUUCUUGUUUACAAUUUUCCAUUUCCGGGAUUUCGAUUUUUUUAUUUUUUAUUUGGUUUUUCUUUUUUAACCUUCUUAUGUCCCUUGUCAGUGUGAUAUCAUCCAAUUGAAUGUGGUCGGUGUAUUUGUACUUUCAUGGAGAAUUUAUGUCAUUUCUGUUCAUUCAUAUGACACCCGUGGGAGAAAUGUUUGAAUGCCAUGAUAAAUGUCAUUUUGUCUUUUAUCUGGUACCCAAUUUAUUACAAGCCCAAUGGAACAGGGAACAAUCUGGUAGUCAGUAAAAAGUUCCAAUCUUUGUUUUUCUUUCAUUACUAUGUUUGUUUUUUCUGCUUUGGCUUAUAUUGUUAUAACUAAGAAAGUUGUGAGAGAAUUCGGUAUUCAUAUGCGUAGGACCUGGAAGGUGAUUUGUCCGGAAUGAUGAACAAUUUUAUUUUCGUAAUGCAUUGUCAUCAAAGGGUUGAACGAUGACUCAUUAAGUCCUUUUUGUUGAUUUUUAGUUCUGUAGGGAAGUGAAUUUCCUCCUGUUGAAUGUCCCAAUCUCUGAUGAUGGAAGAAGUAAAUGCAAGAGAAAUGAAUGGUCACUAUGUGCCCCAUAAGGAGAUUUUUGCCGAGACAUCUCCCAGAAGUCCAUUGAGUACUCACAGUCCUGACACGGACUCCAUUGAUCUUGCCAUGGAAGGAGCAGUUGACACCUCCAUUGAGCAAUUGUAUAACAAUGUCUGUGACAUGCAGAGCUCUGAUCAAUCACCUUCCCGGGUUAGCUAUUUAUCCUAUGGUGAGGAAUCGAGGAUUGAUUCCGAGUUGAGGUACCUCGCUGCAGGAGAUUACGAAGAGGAGGAGAUAAAAAAGGAGAUGGUUAUGGAGAGGAAAGAAGCCGGGGAUAGCGGUUCUGAGGAAGAUACAGGAUUCAAAGAUGAUAACUUUGCAAAAAUCAAUGGAAUUGCUGCUGAGAAGCCAUUGACUCCUGUUAAAGCCAAAAAGGCUUCCAAGUCAGAAGCACCUACCAAAAAAGGUUCAAAAGGCAAAUCUUUUAAUGGCAUCCCUCGAAUUGGGAAGGGUUCGAAGAAGCUGAAUGGGAUAUCCUCUGCCAAGGUUGAAAAAAAUUCUCCUUUAGCAGGGGUCAAAGACCAGAAUGGAGCUGAAGAUGCAUCUGAUGCGGCAUACCUCGCACCAUAUAUACUUAAACAAGCCAGGGAUUUGAUUUCAUCUGGAGAAAACUUUCAAAGAGCUCUUGAUUUAGCCCUUCGAGCAUUAAACUUAUUUGAGGUGUCUGCAAAUGAGAAGCCUAAUCUGGAAUUUGUGAUGUGCUUGCAUGUUGUUGCAGCACUAUACUGCAGAUUAGGCCGGUUUAUUGAUGCAAUUCCUCUCCUUGAGAAGUCAAUUGAUAUACCAAUGAUGGAUUUAGGCCAAAACCAUUCAUUGGCUAAAUUUGCUGGAUGCAUGCAACUUGGGGAUACAUAUGCAAUGACUGGUCAGAUUGAGAAUUCGAUUCUCUUUUACAUGGCUGGUUUGGAGAUUCAAAGACAAGUUCUUGGGGAAAAAGAUCCUCGAUUUGGUGAGACAUGCAGGUAUGUUGCUGAAGCUCAUGUGCAAGGCCUGCAAUUUGAUGAUGCUGAGAAGCUUUGUCAAAUGGCUCUUGAUAUUCACAAAGACAAUGCCACACCUACCUCUCCUGAAGAAGCAGCUGAUAGGAGACUCUUGGGCCUUAUUUGCGACUCAAAGGGAGAUCAUGAAGCAGCCCUUGAGCAUUAUGUUUUAGCGAGCAUGGCCAUGGCUGCCAAUGGUCAGGAGGCAGACGUGGCUGCUGUUGAUUGCAACAUAGGCGACGCCUAUUUGUCGUUGGCACGUUAUGAUGAGGCCAUUUUUGCCUAUCAGAAAGCUCUGACGGUGUUCAAGUCAACCAAAGGAGAUAGCCAUCCAACGGUUGCUUCUGUCUAUGUCCGCCUGGCUGAUCUGCACAACAAGAUAGGGAAAUUUGGUGAGUGCAGGACACAUUGCGAAAAUGCUCUUCGUAUCUAUAAUAAGCCAGUCCCUGGUAGUACCCCCGAAGAAAUUGCUAGCGGCCUGGUUGAUGUUUCCGCAAUCUAUGAGUCUAUGAAUGAACCUGAUCAAGCACUCAAGUUACUCCAGAAAGCCAUCAAAGUUUAUGGAAAUGCACCGGGCCAAAAGAGCACAAUUGCAGGGAUCGAAGCUCAGAUAGGGGUUUUGUUUUACAUACUGGGAAGUUAUUCUGAUUCUUAUAACUCCUUAAAGAGUGCAAUUUUGAAAUUUCGUUCUGUUGGUGAGAAGAAAAAUGCCCUUUUUGGUAUGGCUCUGAACCAAAUGGGACUCGCCUGUGUACAGCUCUAUUUGAUAAAUGAAGCAGCAGAUUUAUUUGAAGAAGCAAGGAACAUUUUGGAAGCAGAAUGCGGGCCUUAUCACGCUGACACAUUGGGAGUUUACAGCAAUCUUGCCGGUACUUAUGAUGCCAUGGGCAGGACGGUCGAUGCCAUUGAAAUAUUGGAAUAUUUAGUUAGCUUGAGAGAAGAGAAGCUUGGGACAGCAAAUCCAGAUGUAGAUGAAGAGAAGCGAAGGUUGUCCGAAUUGUUAAAAGAAGCAGGAAGAGUAAGGAACCGGGGAUCCAGGUCACUUGAAACUCUUCUUGACAAAAAUUCUCGCACUGUUACAAAUCCUGAGAUCCCAGUGCUGUGAUAACAUAAAUUUUGGGUGGUUUUGGCUUUAUUUGCUUGAUGUAAAGUGUUCAGUACUAUGAUUUUCUGAGAGGUUGCUUAUGAUAGUAAAGGGGAGAAAAGUAUAGAUUUGUAUGCAUAUGCAGUUAUCGUUAGUUUGUUUAAAUGUCGAUCGCAAAAAUGAGGAAGGUGGAAUGUAAAUGUUGCGUCCUCAUUUCUGGUCACUUUUUGAUCAGUUGGCACAGUUGCUUUGUAAUUAAUCUUGUGAUGAUUUACUAUAGCAUCUAGCUGAAUAAACAACUUCUUUUUGAUGGUGGAGUAUCAUUUUCUGAUUCUGAUGUACCAAACCGGCCAUCCGUGUGCAUCCACUGCAGUCUUCUUGUGUUUAUUGGUGGACCUAAUUUGAUGUAUAUUCUCCAGCCGAGUUUUCUUUUUAGUAUGAAAACAUUAUGUAGAAGACAAGGAUUUGAGUUUUUGACGACAUGAUUGAGCAUGGAGAG